AUGCAACGAUCCUUCUAUGAAAUUUUGGGCAUUGAAAGCGAUGCCAGUAAUAUCGAAAUUAAAAGAGCUUAUAGGGCCAUGUUACUGGAAACACAUCCUGAUAAAUCUGGAUUGAAUUAUAAUUCCAACGGAAACAAUACAUCUAGUCAUUCUGUUACUGAUAUCCAGGAAGCUUACCAGACCCUCAUUGAUCAGGAUUUGAGGAAAAAAUAUGAUGAGGAACUUGCUGAAUCGUUCAAGAAACUUGGCUUUCACAAUGCAGGUGAUGGUCUAGAUCUUUUCUCUCUAGAUCUGUUCGAUUACAGCGGAGAUGAACAAUCUUUUUCGAUGAAUUGUCCCAGGUGUCAAAUAACUGAUGGGUUCCAAUUAACCGAAGAUGCUUUGGAAGAACAUGCGAUAGAUUAUGAGGGAGGUGGAUAUUUCGUAUUGGUGCAAUGUUCGGCUUGUUCACUAUGGUUGAAAGUCUUAUUUGACGUUAUGGAAGAGUGA